GUCGACACGGAUAUGAGAUUCCUCGGAGAAAGCCACUUGCUCGAAGAGGGAUUAAUAUUGUAAAAAUUUUAAUGUUAUUUUUUGGCGUUUCCUUUUAACCGAUUUGUUAUUCUGUGUAUGUAACCCUCGGUCGAUCGUUUGAUGGCUAUACAACUCUCCACAGUGAAUAUCCAAUCACGUUCGCGGCAUUAAUUAAAACAAGCUGAUAGUAGAGUAGAGUGAAAAAGUGAUGGAAUUUAUGGAAUGAAAUUAUCCUGCGUCUUGGGUUCGGAAUAACGCAGUUUUAGAGUGGUUGCUAACUGCAACAGUAAGGAGUGUAUGAUUUGUAUGGUAUUUGCAUUGAAAUAACAGUUAAAAGGUUUUAUCGAAGGUCGGGUAGCAAAACGUAAACUCUCGUGAAUAAUUGCCAGGUUGAGGGCAGCUAAAUAACAGUGUUUUACCCGUAGUGAAUUUCUGAUAGCGAAAAAGCCGGAAACGUCGGAUUCUGAGCAAAGUUUUGGAAUUGAAGCGUUUUCACUGGAACGCAAUCUAUUCGGUGACACGUACUGGACUAUACCAGCAAUAACCGACGAAGGAUUACGGUGCAUUGCUAACUUAGAAGGUUUACCCGCUGGCCCAACAUCAUGGAGGCCCAGACGGCUCUGGUACUGACGAUCCAGUUGAUUGCGCUCUUCUCGAUCGCUGGCGCGCUGUUGCUCUAUCUGCUCUGCAAGGUCCGUGGAACCCGCGAUGAUGGUAACGCGUCGCAGAAAGGAUCUAUUCUUGUAACUUGCGCGGAUACCGCACUUGGAUUGCAGAUUUGCACCUUUUUCGCCAGCAAAGGCCACCGGGUGUUUGCCGGUAUGAAAGAUCCCAUUGAAUCCCUACCGGCCAAACUGCUGAGAGGCUGGAUGAAGAUGCGCGAAAGCUCGGAUACCCCGGUUGCCGGCUCGGUGGUACCGCUCCGGAUGGACGUCACUCGAGAGGAUAUACUGAGGGAGGCGGCCGAAGCGAUGGGCAUACAUCUGAACGCCGGCGAGCGGGGUAUCCUGGCCGUGAUCAAUACCGCUGGAUCGGUGUAUCGUGGCCGGAUCGAUUCGCAGGAUUCGUUGCAGUGGGAAAACAUGUUCAAGAAUAACGUCAUGGGUUGUCUGAGAACGGCUCGGGCCUUCAUUGGGCUGUUGAGACCGACCCGAGGUCGAUUGAUCUUGCUGGGUUCGGGCAAUGAAGACGAUGGCUUAACGGUAUUUACGGCAACCAGAAAUGCGGUCCAGGGUUGUGCUGAUGCGCUACGAAAGGAGCUUAAACCGUACGGAGUUAGUGUGGUAACGUUGGAUUCUCGAGGAGUCCCUGCCGAGGCUUUGUUCAAGGCUCCAAUACCGUACACAAUCUCCGAUGAGGAAGGAGUUCCCACUCAAUAUAGCGCUGAAGUGUUGACCAGUUCCGCCCUCGGAGUGAUCGAACGAGCCCUUUACGAUACACGACCAAGCGAGACCUAUUGUCUAUCUGUGCCCAAUACAAAAUUCCAAGUUAGGCUACCGUGUCGAUCAUCGUUCAAGAUUUCCGGCGGCAGUAGCUGCAAGCAAGAGCCGAAGUCGGUACAGAGUGUCUGAUGACACAUUUUUCAGUUCCGAAUUCACUUCACUAUUGUUCGCUUCUUCGUGUAUCACCCCACUUUAGGCCCAUCCGUGGAUUCCGAGAGCGAAAGAUUUCAAUUUGUGCCUUUACUUCCGUUUUUUCGGAAUGCUAAAUAACAGAAUCAAGUCUCUGUUGUAAAUGUUUUGUGCUCAAAAAUAAAGAACAAACUGUAAACACCGAUUAUUACAUCAGCGUCCGCAAUGCACCUAGUGCUGAUGCAGCUUGACGAGGACGUCUAUCGAGAGCUUUGUUUUAAGUCUUGUCUUUUUUUUAUGUAAAAUACUGAAAAUAAACGAAAAUGAUUUCUACUUAAUAAA